AGCAGCCGCCGCCGCCGCCGCCAUGGGCUGCACCGUGAGCGCCGAGGACAAGGCGGCCGCCGAGCGCUCUCGCAUGAUCGACAAGAACCUGCGGGAGGACGGCGAGAAGGCGGCGCGGGAGGUGAAACUGCUGCUGCUGGGUGCUGGCGAGUCUGGGAAGAGCACCAUCGUCAAACAGAUGAAGAUCAUCCAUGAGGAUGGUUACUCAGAGGAGGAGUGCCGGCAGUACAAAGCUGUGGUCUACAGCAACACCAUCCAGUCCAUUAUGGCUAUCAUCAAGGCGAUGGGGAACCUGCAGAUUGACUUUGGAGACUCCUCUAGAGCGGAUGAUGCUCGGCAGCUGUUUGCACUCUCCUCCACUGCUGAGGAGCAGGGCAUCAUGCCGGAGGACUUGGCCAACGUCAUCCGGAGACUGUGGGCUGACAAUGGGGUCCAGGCUUGCUUCAACCGCUCCCGAGAGUACCAGCUGAACGACUCUGCUGCCUACUACCUGAACGACCUGGAGAGGAUAGCCCGUGCCGACUACAUCCCCACGCAGCAGGAUGUGCUGCGCACCAGGGUGAAGACCACGGGCAUCGUAGAGACUCACUUCACCUUUAAGGACCUGCACUUCAAGAUGUUCGAUGUCGGUGGCCAGCGCUCAGAACGGAAGAAGUGGAUCCACUGCUUCGAGGGGGUGACAGCCAUCAUUUUCUGUGUGGCCCUGAGUGCCUAUGACCUGGUGCUGGCUGAAGAUGAGGAGAUGAACCGGAUGCAUGAGAGCAUGAAGCUGUUUGACAGCAUCUGCAAUAACAAGUGGUUCACAGACACGUCCAUCAUCCUCUUCCUCAACAAGAAGGACCUCUUUGAGGAGAAGAUCGUGCACAGCUCCCUCACCAUCUGCUUCCCUGAGUACACAGGAGCCAACAAGUAUGAUGAGGCAGCCAGCUACAUCCAGAGCAAGUUUGAGGACCUGAACAAGCGGAAGGACACCAAGGAGAUUUACACCCACUUCACCUGUGCCACGGACACCAAGAACGUGCAGUUUGUCUUUGACGCCGUCACCGACGUCAUCAUCAAAAACAACCUGAAGGAUUGUGGUCUCUUCUGAGGGUGGUGCUGCCCAGGAGCUGCAAAGGAAGGACCACGCCAUCUCCCACUCCCGCUUCUCUUUGGAUUCAUUCCUCCGCCCACCACAUAAAGAGACUUUUUGAGUGCCAGCACGGUGGCAGGGCCCAUGUACCCCCUGCCCCACGUGUUUGCCCCCCACCAUUGUCCUCCUCGCCGGCAUUGCCCUUCCAGGGAAGUCAAGGUUUUAAUCUUGGUUUGUACCCCCCGAACCAUUCCAGUCCCCAUUUCAUUCACUCCGAGCCCUGGGGCUCUCACUGUUUACAUUGCAAGUGUUGCUGGCACGGGGGGCACAGGGUCCCCUCGGGGGUGCCCACCCAGCCACAAACACGACCGAUGACAUUCCUUUUAGUAAACCAGAAAAGAAAGAAAGAAGAAAGAAAAAAAGGAAAAAAAAAAAAGAAAAAAA